UGAGAGCCCCACCAUUCCAUUUUCAACUUUCGUCUCUCUCUCUCUCUCUUCCUCCUCUCCUCUUAAAGCCAUCCUGCCAGCUUCCUGUCUGGUAUUAACUCCCCUCGCAAAAACAAAAGCCUUCAAAAAUCCAAGACCAUUCAAAAUCCAAAACCCAUUUUUCCAAACACUCAAAAAUCAAAAUGGGCAAGAAGAUGAGGUUCCCAUCCCUCUUCAGGACUAAAGACACAACCUCUUCUUGGCCAUGGCCUUCUUGCAAGCAGCCAAGAACAGAUUCCUUCCGAGUAGCCCGCCAUGAAAACGACGACAUGAUCAAGACCGUUAAUUCCAUAUACUUAGAUGCGGCCGCAACGUCCGAGUCAUGGUUCACCAACUCAUCCGAGUCAGCGAGCUUCUCGACCGCAUCGGAAGGGGAGUCGGUGGAGACGGUCAUGCGAGGGGUGCGGUCAGAUCGGUUCUUCUUCGAGCCAGGAGACACGAAGUCGAUACUGGAGGAGGGGAAGAUGUGUGGUGGGCCACCUCCGUUUGAAGAGAGCGUGGCGAUGGCGAUGGAUUCAGAGGACCCGUAUAAGGAUUUCAGGAAGUCGAUGGAGGAGAUGGUAGAGGCGCAUGGAGUGAAGGAAUGGGAGGGAUUGGAAGAGCUUUUGAAAUGGUAUUUGAAGGUGAAUGGAAAGAAGAUGCAUGGUUAUAUCAUGGGAGCGUUUAUGGAUUUGAUGUUGGGGAUUGUUGUUGCUUCCGCAUUUGAAUCUGGGGAGGAGAGUGAGAUUACUCCUCUUUAGACAUUUUCAUUAGAGAGUGUAUACUAGUAGUUUAAACUUAAAACAGUUAUAGUUA